CGCCCCUGUCCCGGCAGCGGGAGGUUGAAGCGCCUGAGGGGAGCGAGGCAGGGAAGGGAGGCUCUGCAAGGUUUUUUCCUCUUUCACCCUGUCUUGGGGGGUUUGUGUUCCCCGAGGGGCCUCCUUUCGCUCCUCAGCCCUGCGGGUUGGUGCUGUUGCUGCGGUUUUGGGGUGCAGCACCUCAAAACGAGCUCCACGGGACUGUGGCCUUGCUUAUGGGCUGCCCAGCCUUCGUCCUGCUUCUCUGCGGGUGGAAGACUAGCAAGGCAAAAGCUGUGUUGAGUGUUAAUAGAGCCUUUUGUUGUUGAGACUGUAAAAGGAGUGCGUACCAUUAUAUAACGUAGCUAUAAGCAGGAAAACUGAGGACGUAGUUACAGACGUACCCAAAGUGCAAAAGUCAAAGACUGCUAUUCAUCUCAAGAUGGAAGAGUCAGUGCUGGAUAAAUUGCCAUCUUUGUGCAAUACUCCAAAGGAUUCUGGAGCAGCACCUGCACAGGGGACUAGUUCAGCAAAGCAGCAAAUGAGUGCAGCUCUGAGGGAACGAUUACGGAAAACAAGACGUUCAUUUAAUGCCAAUUUUACAGUGGCAAAGCGCCUCAAAAUAGACACAGAAGAAAAAGACUCUGCUGGUGCUGACACAGGGUGCUUGCCAGAGACAAGUACAGACUGUUCCAGAUUACAAGAUGGUUCUCAAAACCUGGAAGGAAAUGGCACUGGACACACAUGUUUCAAAAGUUCCUCACAGGAGAGUGAUCCCUGUGGAUCAGCAGAGAAUUCAGAUGUGCCACAGGCUGAUCUUGGUCAGCAGCAGUCCCUGGAAGAAAAAGUAAAGCUGGUGAAACAAGUGCAAGAGAAGGAAGAGCUACUGCGUAGGCUCAAACUGGUGAAGAUGUAUCGGUCCAAGAACAACCUGUCUGAGCUGCAGGCUUUGAUAGUGAAGUGGAGAAGUAGCACCCAGCUGAUGCUGUAUGAGCUGCAGUCAGCCUUUUCUGCAGAUGGCAAGAAAGUGAGUCUCACUGAGCUCAUCGAUACUUUCGGCCUAGAAGACCAAUUACUGCACUACAGCAGAACAGAAGAAGAUUUUGUAGAUAUGUAAUCUACAGCUGUAGAGCUUCCUUUGCACAGACAGAAAAGCAGAAAAGACUGAAUAAAUUCUGAUUGUGUCAGAAGUGUUGGUCAGACAAUGGACUUCAUGCUUUGGGGUUAGGAGGCUUUCUCCAGAGAUACUUGUAAAGCUGUGAACAUACAUACAGUAGGCACUGUAAAAUAAAUUACUUAUGGAAAAAAAAUCAAACUUGGUGAUGUUUUGGAGAAUCUGGCUUAAUGACUUGGUCAGUGAUUUUUUAUUUAAUAAAAAUAAAGUCAUAGUUUAACAGGUAGAAAGCAGUUCAUUUUUGAUUAGUCUCUGCAUGGUCAGAUGGGGAAGAGUUCAGUUUGUUUGUAGAUACACCCAUUUUACAAAUGUCUUCUGGUGCCAGUCAGCCAAUGAAGGCUAAUGACAGCAUUGUGUGAGUUAAGUGAAGAUAACUAGUUCUCAUGAUGUUAAUAUUCCAGAGCUGAGAUAAGAUGUUCUCACUGGCUUUAACUCUGACUGAGGGAAAUGUGCCAUAAUGCAGUGCUUUCAGGUGCUGGUCCAGACAAUCUCCUCAGGGCUGCUGCCUCACAAGCUUUCUGCCACAUCCUGAGGUAAUAGAAAGGAAGGCAAGAAAAUUGAAACCAACUUUCUACUCAUCUACUACAUGUGAGAGCCAAGGUGUUUUCUCUCUUCAAAUAAAUAAGAAAAACAAGGCCUUGUUUAAUGGAAUUGCUUCAAACACAGCAUCAUAAAGCUGAAUAAAUUUUUACCAUUUCA